AUGCUAUAAUCUGAAGACCACAGGGUGUGUGAUUUAUAAACAGUAGCUAUCUAUUUGCUUAUGUUUCUUGAGACUGGGAAGACCAAGAACAUGGUGUUGGCAUCUGGUGAAGGCCUUUUUGCUGUAUCAUAACAUGGCAAGGGCAUCAUAAGGCAGAGCAAGCCUAUUAGCUCAGGCCUCUCUUCCUCUUCUUAUAAAUCACUUAUGCCAUCAUGGAGGCCCACCCUCAUGACCUCAUCUAGUCCUAAUGACCACCCAAAGGCUCUACUUCCAAAUACCAUUAGCAUAUGAUUUGGAGGAUUAAGUUUCCAAUGCACCAUCCUUCCUUCCUUUCUGCUGGAGGCCAGCUGAUUGCUGUUGAAACUGGCAGGUUCAUGAAACCAGGGAAAGUGGUGCUGAUCUUGGCAAGAUGCUACUCUGGAUGCAAAGCUAUCAUCAUGAGGAGCAUUGAAGACGGCACCUCAGAGCACCCCUACAAGCAUGCUCUGGUGGCUAGAAUUGACAGCUAUCCCUGCAAAGUGACAGCUACCAUGCUCAAGAAGAAAACCAACAAGAAGUCAAAGAUCAAAUCUUUUGUGAAGGUUUAUAACUACAAUCAACUCAUGCCCACAGGGAACUCAGUGGACAUCUCUUUGAACAAAAAAGAUAUCUUUAAAGACCCAGUUCCUAAUGAAAAGGCCAGAUGGGAGGCCAAGGUCAAAUUUGAGGAGAGAUACAUGACAGGCAAGAACAAGUGGUUCUUGAAGAAGUUUCGAUUUUUUACACUCUUUUUUUCCAUCAUUAAAAAUAAGAAAAAAAAUGUUUCCAGCACAAGAAAUUUUGGGGGACACAUUCAAACCACAUCAGGGGGUGAGCAGGGCGCACGAGCGGCCUCGGCCCCACCCGGGCAAACGAGGCACCCGGCCCGGAGUUUCCAGUGCCCAGAGCCCGGCGCCGCGGGUGUCGGCACCAGGGCCGCAGGUCGGGGUGCGUGUUGCGGAGGGCGGGGGGCGCAGCGCGCGCGGCCCAAGUCGGCGUCCCCGGAGCGCGGGCGGGCGGAGCCCGGCACUGCGAGGCGCAGGAAGAUGGCGGCGCGGCCGGGUCCUCGGCGGCCGCGAGGGGCCGUGGCGCUGCGCGCUCGGCUCGGCCCGCGCGGCUAG